GUUUACUAACAAUUCAUGUUAAGGACCGGGAAAGAUUUUGUAAAGUAAAACAAGCUGCACUGCUCAAAACUAUUGCAUAAUUAUGAUAUAUAAGGAUCCUAUCUUACAUUUCAAGGAAAAGCUCUUUCAUUUCAUGAUUUAAGUAAAAUUCGCUCAUCAUAAAAAAAUCAUUUUCAUCGACUAUCUUGUCACUUAUUUAUUUAGACGCAAUGACAGUAGAUAAUUUUGUUAAGAAAUUUAAAAAGAUAACAUUCUUUUUAUGUAUAACGUGCUACGCUGUUGGUUUGCUAACAUUUGUAUUCGGUUUUGUACCAGGAAAUAAAAAUAAGAUGCAUUCACCGUCAACUAAUAGUUUUCUUGAAAACUGUUUGUCUGUAACUGAGAAUUCCCGUUUUUGCGACAAAAUGAAAAAUAACAUCUCUAAUUCUAAACAAUACGAGCGAAUAGUUUUAAUAGUAAUCGAUGCUUUGAGAGCAGAUUUCAUACCAUUUAUAUCUUCAAACUCCGAAUUCAAAACUACUAUGCCAUUCAUUGAAGCACUGAUGAAAAAUAAAACCGCAAUAUCGUUUAUCAAUAAAGUUCAUUCUCCAACUGUGACUAUGCCAAGAAUUAAAACAUUAGUUACCGGUGACAUUUCUAAUUUUAUGGAUGCACUUACUAAUUUAGAUGCAUCAGAAUUGUUUGAGGAUAGCAUUUUACAUCAAGCACAAUUAAAUAAUUUGAAAUCCAUUUUUUACGGUGAUGAAACAUGGCUGAAACUAUUUCCAAAUAUUUUUAUUAGAAGUGAAGGGACUCAUUCAUUUUUUGUUACUGACUAUCAGGAAGUAGAUAUUAAUGUAACCAGGCAUUUAGAAUCGGAGCUGUCGAAAAAAGAUUGGGAUAUUAUGAUAUUGCAUUAUUUAGGAGUUGAUCAUAUUGGCCAUGCAUAUGGACCCUAUUCAGAUCUUAUGCCUAUUAAACUUAGAGAAAUGGAUGAAGUAAUAAAGUAUAUAUAUAACAAAUUAAAGCAUGAAUCAGAAAUGCAAUCAUUGAUUGUUAUUUGUGGUGAUCAUGGGAUGACUGCUGCUGGAAGUCACGGUGGAAUCACAAAAAGUGAACUCCUAACUCCACUUGUAUUUAUAAACACUAAUCCUCAUAAAUUUCACUCAAAAAAUAUUAAGAUGGUAGAUCAAGUUGAUUUUGCUACAACCUUAAGCAUGUUACUUGGCAUUAAAAUACCAAUUAAUAGCUUUGGAAACAUUAUACCAGAUGUCCUUCUGUUCAGCGGUUUCUCUUCUGAAUGUAUCUUAAAUGCAGCUUUUCAAAAUCUUGUGCAAUUGUUGCAAGUUUAUAAAUCUGUUUUCCUUACAAAAUCUCGAAACUACACUGAUUCUAUAAGAAAAGUUACACUCAAUCAUUCAGAGAUAUUUAAUUCUAUUAGAAAAAAGAAUGGCUUUUCAAAUAAUGAUUAUAAAAUUCUGUUAAAUUUUUACAUGAAUUUAUUAUCAGAAAUGAAGCAUGAUUUACUGGCAAGUGUAUCUGGAUAUAAAAUAAUUUACAUAAUAAUAGGUCUAAUUGUAGUAUGGUUAUCAUUCUUUUGUGCUGUGAUUAGCUUUUUAAUAACAGAACAGGAUUAUCAAUUGUACAAAAUUUUACAGGAUUCUAUUAAACGAAUCAUUUUUAAUAAAUUCAAUACAAUUGUAUUUGCAGUAAUGUUGUUAGCUCUCGUAGUUUUUAAAAAAAGUUUAUUAAUGUUAGGUUUGUUAUCUAUUACUCAAUUUAUUAUUUUAGUACUUUACUUAGGGUUUUGGACUUUCAAGUUCCUAGUUAAAAACUUACAUCUAACUUUCAUGGAAAAAUGUUGCCUUUUCUUAUUCAUAAUUCAUAUUAUAAGUUUAUUUUCAUCUAGUUACAUUGAAGAAGAGCAUCAAACAUGGUAUUUUUCUGUGUCUACCAUGUUGAUUCUGUAUUUAGGUAAAUGUCUUACACCACUCUUAAAUUUUUAUUUGAAAGCAAACAAUAAAAAGACAUUAAGUCGAUUGCAAUUAUGGAAUUUUAUAAAUUUUGAAAAUGUCAUUCUACUUUUCAUCCUUCUAAUAUGUCAUCGCAUUUUAAGAAUCUGGAACCAAACUGGUGAUAAAUGGCAGCAUUUGCCAGAUAUUUCUGACUGGCUCAAUAAAGAAGAGAAUGCUAUGUAUUUUUAUACAACAGUGGCUUCGUCUCUAUUGUUAAUAGUUUUUUAUCUAAAUGCAAAACACUCUUCUUUCACUUAUUAUGCUCAUUGCUCAGGAGUAUUUUUUAUCUAUUUAUAUAAAUUACAUAAAGAAUAUAUAUCACAAAUUUUUGAAAAAAUUAAUCUAAAUGUGAUAAUUAUUCCAUGGUUUAUAUACACACUUGCAGCAAUGAUAAUUCUCUCUACAUUACUAGUGAAAAGUGAUAAAAUGUUGACAACAAAUUUCAUCAUAGCUUGGACAUUACUCAUAAACCUCAUAGGAAGAGCUAACAACAUUCCUUUAACUGCAGCAAUCCUUUUACAAGAAUAUUGUUUGCAUAGAGUAAUAUCGAAUAAUAGUAAUAUUCUAUUAAAUACAUCAUGGUAUCUGCAACUGGCUAUGUGCUCAUUUUUUUACCAAGGUAAUUCGAACAGUCUUUCAACAAUAGAUGUUUUCAGUGGGUAUGUAGGACUUGUGUCCUAUAAGCCAGUUAUUGUAGGUUUCUUAAUAGCUUGUAAUACAUACAGCAAUGUGGUUUUAUGGCUAGUAUUAAUGGUUCACAGAAUGUUAAGUAUGCUUGGAUCAUCUGCUCUUCCAAAGAUAUUUUUCAGCUUUUUAGUUUUUGUCCUUUAUAAACUUUUUGUGUUAGCUGUAUAUUGUAUUGUUAUGUACUUAAUGAAACAUCAUCUAUUUAUUUUGUCAGUGUUUGCACCUAAAUUAUUUUAUGAAGUCUGCCAUACAAUUCUAUUUAUUAUUUUCAUGCUUGUUUUUUUACUUUUAGUAAUGUGGAAUAAUAAAUUCUUCAGAUGA